AUGUUCAACAAAUUAUUUCCAGAUGGCGGUGUUGGACCCAUCAAUUCUAAUGCGGGCCUUACGGACCUAGCACAGGCGCAGGCGCAACUUCAGAGUUUGCAGCAAUUCCGUGCUGCUUCUGGUGGUCAUCAUCAGAAGCUUCCGUCCUUCAGCUUCCCCAACAUGCUGCCGAAUGUUAUGGCUGCUAAUAUGAUGGGCAUUGGUGGCUUCAACCUUCUUCAGCAACAGCAGCAGCAAUUCCAGAUGGCGCUUCAACAGCAGAACAAUCAGCCGCAGCGGAAGUCCCUGUUUGCCCCGUACCUUCCGCAAGCGUCUCUGCCACCACUCCUUGCAGCAGGCAAGCUUGUUGUCGGUAUUCUGCGCGUCAAUAAACGCAACAGAUCGGACGCGUAUGUUGCCACCGAGGUACUGGACGCCGACAUCUAUAUCUGUGGAUCUAAGGAUCGUAAUCGUGCAUUGGAGGGAGACAUUGUUGCAGUCGAGCUUCUCGAUGUCGACGAAGUCUGGGGCACCAAGAAGGAGAAGGAGGAGAAGAAGCGCAAGAAGGAAGAGAAUGCUGCCUAUGAUCCCAAGUCUGCCGCUGGCCGUAAGAAUGACAAGAAGAAGGACGAUGUUGAGGUGGAGGGCCAGGGACUGAUGUUGUUCGAGGAUGAAGAGGUAACUGAUGAGGUUAAGCCUCAAUUUGCAGGCCAUGUCGUGGCGGUGGUGGAACGCAUGCCUGGACAACUCUUCUCCGGAACAUUGGGACUUCUCCGUCCGUCUUCUGCUGCGACCAAGGAGAAGCAAGAAGCUGAACGCCGUGAGCGUGAAGGUGACCGCGGUGAGGAGCAGAGACGCGGUCCGAUCGAGAGGCCAAAAAUUGUCUGGUUCAAACCUACUGACAAGCGUGUUCCGCUCAUCGCCAUUCCUACGGAACAGGCUCCUCCUGAUUUCGUCCAGAACUCGGAGGCAUAUGCCGACAAGCUGUUCGUCGCCUGUAUCAAACGUCAUCCAAUAAGCUCUCUUCAUCCAUUCGGUACACUUGUCGAGGAGCUUGGUCCGAUUGGAAACAUUGAAGUUGAGACAAGCGCCUUGCUGAAAGAUUGCAACUUCCCAACUGAGGACUUUACCGACAAUGUUCUCAAGUGUCUUCCGCCGACUCCGUGGUCCAUUCCGGAGAGAGAAUAUGAAAUCCGCACAGAUCUGCGCCAGGAGAGAGUCUUCACCAUUGACCCUGACACAGCAAAGGACUUUGACGAUGCGGUUCAUAUUAAGAAGAACGAAGACGGCACUUAUGAUGUUGGAGUGCAUAUAGCUGAUGUUUCACACUUCGUGAAGCCUAACACAGCACUUGACCGUGAUGCACGCAAGAGGGCGACUAGCGUUUACCUUGUCCAGCGUGCUGUGCCGAUGCUUCCACCCACGCUCAGCGAGCAAAUUUGCAGUCUAGUCCCUGGCCAGGAGCGCCUAACUUUCUCGGUACUCUUCACUAUGACUGAGGAUGGGAAGGUCACAAAGAAACGUUUCGAGAAGACAAUUAUCAAGUCUUGCGCUCGUCUUACAUAUACGGAUGCGCAAAAUGUGCUUGACGGCAAGCCUCUUGGCUCUGUCCCGGUCUCUCCUGAAUUCGAUGCUGUGGACAUCGAACAUGAUUUGAAGGUUUUGAACGAUCUGGCGCGGAAUCUGCGCAAGAAACGUUACGAGGCUGGCACCCUUAGCCUCGACUCUCUCCAUCUGACUUUCGCCCUUGACGAAAACGGUCUUCCGACCGACACUUCCGCUUACGAGAGAACUGACUCACACAAACUUAUUGAAGAGUUUAUGCUACUUACUAAUAUUGCUGUGGCCCAACAAAUUGGCCAUCACCUGCCGGAACAGGCUCUUCUUCGCCGUCAUGAAGAGCCUAUUGAGCGUCGUCUUAUCAUAUUUAAGGAACGUGCAGCCCGUCUUGGUUAUACGUUCGACACAUCUUCGGCUGGCGCUUUCAUGAGGUCCUUCGAUGCAAUGGAAGACCAGAAUGCUCGCAAGCUACUCCAGAUAAUUGCGUACAAGGCUAUGCACACUGCGAAGUACUUCUGUGCGGGCAUGCUGGAUAUUGCGAAGUACAGCCACUAUGCACUUAAUGUACCAUUGUACACGCACUUCACUUCACCCAUUCGUCGCUAUGCAGACAUCGUCGUGCAUCGUCAGCUUGAGUCGAUUUUCGUGAACAACAACGGUGCCGAGGCCAAGUUCUCAAUGGAUCGUGACUCCGUCGCCAAAGUUGCUCAACAGUGCAACAUCAAGAAAGAAUCUUCCAAGCUUGCUCAGGAGCAAUCAACGCAUCUGUACCUCUGUGUACUCAUUGCUGAUCUUACCCAACGAUACGGCCCCGUUGUUCGUCCAGCCACGGUAGUCAACGUCCUCGACGCCGCGUUCGAUGUGCUCAUUCCCGAAUUUGGUAUUGAGAAGCGUGUGCACGUCGACCAGAUGCCAAUAGAUAACCAUGUCUUUGACGAGCAUAGCCACUCGUUGCAGAUUUACUGGUCCAACCGUGAUGUAAUCUCCUGGCUGGCUGAGAACAGCGAUGACGAACAUCUGAAGAAAGUGAAGCAGACAGCUGAGCAGCAUGCUGUUAAGAUGGAGGUUUCAUCGCGGUUGAAUGAUGAGUCGGCGUUGUUCGAUGAGGAUGAUGCCGACGACGAAAUUGUCCUUGGUAGAACGCAGCCAGGCGACGCGCAGAAAGAGACAUCAAAGCAGCGUCUCAUUUCGCAAGCGAAGCUCAAGCCAGAAUUUGAAGGGCUCAAGACGACGUCCAGUGGACACAAAAUCCAGGAAAUCCGCGAACUGAUGGCUGUACCUGUUAUCAUUACUGCGGACCUGACGAAGAGUCCUCCGGUUAUUAAGGUCUACAGCGUUAACCCAUACGCCGAAGAGCAGAAGAAAUGA